AGCCAUUUUGGCAAACAAGCGGUUGCUGAGCGAGGCUGUCACAUCACGCUGCGGCCUUGUGAGCUGGUCACCCCCCGUCAAACUUCACACUUCGAGCAAGAAUCCCACAGGACGCAAUGCGCGAGGCGAUCUGCAUCCACAUUGGGCAGGCGGGUGUGCAGAUUGGCAAUGCAUGCUGGGAGCUCUUUUGCCCCUGCAGUUGCUCAUCUCCCUCAUCGAGGGUGCAGGUGUAUCGCGCGGGCUUCGGUGUGCAGCGACUAAAGAUGAGACACCGCGCGUGUGGCGUUCUAGCGGAGGGACGUCAGGGCGUGUCAUGCGGCGGCGACGGCACGCUCUGGCGGCGCUGUACUGUGGCGUGGCGAUUUUCGGCAUCCGUAGGCUGGCAGUCGGCCCCCACCAACUUUUGUUGGUUCAUCUUUUUAGUUGAAGAGCUCUCGUAUGCAUUUCCAGUCUGUACACUUGCGUGGCCAAUGUGGGUGUAUAUCGCUGCGUUCCUGUGCCGGGUUGUGGCCGGGGCGGGCCGAGGGCGUGGUGGGGCAGCGGCCCGUAAUUCCAUGCACGGGAGGCUGGCUUGCGUGGCUCGUCGAGCGUGCGCGCCCUCUACGAGGCCAUAUGCGCCUCGUUGGAUUUCGCUGUGUACAAUGUUGGCGUUGUGUAUGGCGGCUCUGGGGACUGUACAGUUAGCCCUGGGCGGCCAGUUUCUGGCCUUCGAGCGCCCCGCACAGCUCUUUUGCCCCAAAGAGGUAGCAGGUGGAACGCCUGGGCGAAGUCCGCGGCUUCGGUGGCGAAUGGCGUGCAGAGCGUCUAAUAACGGGAUACCGUGUUCGCCCAAGGGUGGUUGCCGCAGUUUGUGGUACCAUGUCGAGCCCUUGGGGGGCGUGUCGGCGUGUGACGUGGGUUAUCCAUUUCAUUCAUCGGCGAACUUCGACAUCGACACGGGUUCCAGAGGUUUCCCCAAGGGCGAUGCUGGGUGGACUCAGCGGUCCUGUUGGUAUGGUGGCUGGUGGCCCGCUCCCGAGACUGCGGUCGAGGGGGCUGAUGGGGGCUACGUGUCUGCCACGCCCCCCGUGAGGUACCUAGUCUUACAUCGACAAGCUGCAGGUUCGCAUGUUCCGGUACCAGGGACAGGACUUGAAAGUGUACGCAUGGCUACAGACACUUGGGAAAAAAGACGCAAUAUCGAUUUUGUGAUCGCUGGGGAGAUUCAGGGUUGCCCUCCGGAGCCCACGGGCGGCCAUCUACUGGCCUUCGAGCUCCCCGCACAGCUCUUUUGCUUUGAGCACGGCAUUCAGCCUGACGGCCAGAUGCUUUCUGAUAAGACGAUCGGAGGUGGCGACGAUGCCUUCAACACGUUCUUCUCCGAGACUGGCGCCGGCAAGCACGUCCCCCGCUGUGUGAUGGUUGACCUGGAGCCCACUGUGGUCGAUGAACGCACGGGUACCUACCGCCAGCUGUUCCACCCUGAGCAGCUCGUCUCUGGGAAGGAGGACGCCGCAAAUAAUUUCGCGCGAGGGCACACCACCAUCGGCAAGGAGAUCGUCGACCUCGUCCUCGAUCGGGUCAGAAAGUUGGCCGACAAGUGUACGGGCCUUCGGGGCUUCAUGGUUUACAAUGCCGUCGGCGGAGGCACUGGCUCCGGGCUUGGCUGCCUGAUGCUGGAGCGCUUGUGUGUGGACUACGGGAAGAAGACGAGGGUCUCUUUCACCGUGUGGGCUGGCCCGCAGGUCGCCACGGCAGUGGUGGGGCCCUACAACUUCGUGCUCUGCGUGCACUCCCUCCUGGAGCACACAGACGCCACCAUCAUGUAUGACAACGGGUGGAGGAGGAGGAGGAGAGGAGGCAGCUGGAGGGCUGAGCAUAUUCAGCCGGCCAGCUGGUUGAGGCAGCAUUUCCACCUGGCUUAGGCUUGCGCCGUCAAACAAGCCACCUGCGUGGCGCGGCAUGCUGAGGCCAGUUUCGCUGGCUUUGUUCCCCCCAUGUAUGACAACGAGGCAUUGUACGACAUAUGCCGCCGUAGUCUUGAUAUCGAGCGCCCUACUUACACCAAUAUGAACAGGCUGCUGGCGCAGAUCAUCUCCUCGCUGACUGCGUCGUUGCGCUUCGACGGUGCUCUGAACGUGGACAUUACCGAGUUCCAGACGAAUUUGGUGCCCUACCCGCGCAUUCACUUCAUGCUCUCGAGCUAUGGGCCCGUUAACUCUGCGGAAAAAGCGUGCCAUGAACGGCUCCCCAGCUACGGCCGCGGCCCGGCAGGGGGGGGGCUCGGAGGUGGCUGCACCCAUGUCUUUGCCACACUGUUGCCGAAAGCCCAACCUCACAUACCGACGAAAGUCUGGCGUGGAGCGGGAACGAUCCCACGGCGCUGUGGCAGCCUCUCCCGCCCCCUCCGGCUCGCCGGAGGUUUCGCGGGCUACCCUCCGGGGCGGAAGGGCGCCAACGGCACGUGGUUGACGCGGCUAACGAAGCUCUGGCGGGCAUGGCUCUGGGCUGGAGAAGUACCUCGCACGAGGGACUGUCUGCUGACCGGGGCCAUCUGCGGACGAGGUGCCCGGGGUGUUCCCAGCUUCGGGAUUCUCGGUGUUCGCGCUACCGCGUAGGCAGUGGCGUGGGGGCCAAAGACAUGCAGGGAAUUCAACCGGCCCGCGGGUCGCAGCCUGACAGGUGGGUGGGCCAACCGACCUACAUGUGGGAGCGCCUUAUACAGCUCCGGCCUACAGGAAUGCCCAUGUGCGGACCGUCGCGCUGGUUUGCCGUUGCAGCUCCUGGCCUGCCCCGAACUGCUACAGAAUCCAGAAAAGGGGUUCUGCGGGAUGGGCGCCCCGUAACAGAUCCAGCACGCAGUGGGGGUCUCCACUGCGUCAACGAGAUCCCCCCCAGAGGGCCGACCCGAGGCCGCGGCGCGGCCCGCACGCGGGUGCUUAUUCGUCGAUUGGUGCCCCACGGUCUUCAAGUAGGGCAACCAAUACCAGCCUCCCACUGUAGUCCUUGGCGGUGACCUGGCUAAAGUCAUGCGCGCUUGCUGCGUGAUCAGCAACUCCACCGCCAUCGCAGAGAUUUUCUCGCGCAUCGACCACAAAUUCGAUUUCAUGUGCUCGAAGCGCGCGUUCGUGCAUUGGUACGUGGGCGAGGGUAUGGAAGAGGGCGGGUUCUCCGAGGCUCGCGAGGACCUGGCGGCGCUGGAGAAGGACUAUGAAGAGGUGGGCAUAGAAACCGCGGAGGGCGAGGGCGAGGACGAGGAAGAGGGCUACGGCGACGAGUUCUGAGCAGCCUGCCAAAGAGCAGCUGCGCAAUGGAGGGCCACCGAGGAGUAACACUCUCUUUGUGAAACUGCGUAUUUGCACGAUUUGUCCCGAAGACUUGUUUGCAGUAGAUCGGCGUGUCGUCCACGCUGACCUUCGGCUGCUCACUUGCACGAUACAUCUUGACUCGAGGUGGCCGGGUUGCUAGGCCGCUUCGCGCACCUACUACAUUGAAAUCAUUUGAAAUCAUGCUUGUAGGAAAAUAUAUGCUAUGACAAGCGUUUGGACGACCCCAGGCGAGGCAAACAUUAUGGAACAUCUAGCGAUUUUGCUAUAUGUUUGAAUGUUUGAAGCUCCCAGUUUCGGGGGUGGACAGACGGACGCGACCACCACCCCCGCGUCCGACCGACCGAUCUGGUUUCGUACCCAACCGUAGCGCGAUGAUGUGAGCGCGUCACUUCGCCAGGCUGUUCCUCAAUGCUGUCAGGGCGCUAGGCCCAUCAAGAAAACCUGCUGUAUGCGGGUCUUCCUGCUUUCUCCGCCGUACUGCAGCGUGCAAGUGGAAUGCAGCUUGCGCGCUGGCGUCUGCCGGCAGUUUCCCGACACGGCGGCAAAGACUGGCGCCGGGGCGUCGUCGCCGCUACCAUCACCAAAAAAC